GAUCAUGCGCAGUAGGGCCCAUUAGCAGUAGCAGCAUGCUAGUGAUGCUAGGCUAACAGCACAGUGCGCCUCGGGUCGGUAAGCUAGCGCGGGUUAAAGCCACCAAACCCUCCACUACCCACCAACCAGGCCCCGGGUCACCGCUCCCCUCCCGGAGCAGAACCACGGACCCGAACCACGGACCCGUCAGGUGCGGUGGUCAGGCUGAAUAAAGACCUGCGAUGCUGAACCCAACCACCGGGGACCCCGUCCACGUUGUAGCCCAUUAUGUGGAGGAGUACCUGGACCUGGUGGAGUCGCUGCCCUUCGACCUCCAGAGGAGCGUGUCCCUCAUGAAGGAGAUCGAUGCCAAGUACCAAGACGUCCUGAAGGAGCUCGACGAGGCAUACGAGCGCUACAGACGGGAGGCGGACCCCCUUCAGAGACGCCGGCUCCAGCUGGCCAUCCAGAAGGUCCUGAUCCGCAGCCAGGAGCUCGGAGACGAGAAGAUCCAGAUCGCUGCUCAGAUGGUGGAGCUGGUGGAGAACCGUACCCGGCAGAUGGACUGGCACUCGGAGCACCUCCACUCGUCCCAGGAGAGCCCUGAGAGCCACGCCCCUCCCCCCGUCGCCGUGGCCGCCGCCGCCACGGCCGCCAUCUUGUCCCCGGCGGCGUCGGUGACGGUGACGCCCGGAAAGGCGGCGCACCACGACAAGAGGAGGGAGGAGGCCCCACCCAGCGGCGGCGCCCUGGACAAGUCCGGGGGGAAGCGGUCGCGGCGGCAGAAGAACGGUGAGGGGCGGGACAGCUUCGGGGGCGGCAGCCUGGAGCACGGCGAGGACGCCGGCGCCUCGCGGGAGAAGCGGGCCAAGACGUCCUCCAAGAAGAAGAAGCGGUCCAAGGGGAAGUCGGAGCGGGAGGUGUCCCCGCCGGACCCCCCCAUCGACCCGGACGAGCCCACCUACUGCCUCUGCGAGCAGGUCUCCUACGGCGAGAUGAUCGGCUGCGACAACGACGAGUGCCCCAUCGAGUGGUUCCACUUCUCCUGCGUGGGGCUGCACCACAAGCCCAAGGGCAAGUGGUUCUGCCCCAAGUGCCGGGGGGAGAACGAGAAGAGCAUGGACAAGGCCCUGGAGCGGGCCAAGAAGGAGCGCUCCUACAGGUAGCCGCGCCACGCCUCACUUUGUGUCCAUUUGUAUUUUUGUAUCGACUCGCUGUUGGAAGAACAAGGACUCCUGGAAGAACCUAUUUUUAUGAGCGCCUCAGAGCUACUUCCUGCUCACGUUUGUAUUUGAAGUAUAGACAUAAUGUAACGCAACCUGCAUGUUUUGGGUCCACUGUUCUUUUUCGUACCCAUGGUUAUUUUUUGCAAAGUUGUAUCAUGCAUGCAUUAUCAUCCUUGUUUCUACUUAACAAAUAAACUACUUCCUCUAUC